AUGGACGCCGUGGGGGAGCUUGCUGCUGCGGGGAUGCACCACCACCAUCACCACCACCACCACAGGUGCAAGGUGUGCGGGAAGGGCUUCUCGUGCGGCCGCUCGCUGGGCGGCCACAUGCGCUCCCACAUCUCGCUCGGCGAGGCGCUUCCGGAGGCCGACGACGAGCUGAUUAGGCGCUCCUCCGCCAACGGCGGCCGCGCCAGCGCCAAUGGCGCCGUCGGCUACGGGCUCCGGGAGAACCCCAAGAAGACGCGCCGGCUGUCCGACUUCGCCGACGAGGAGGAGGACCAGGGCGGCGACGGAGGCGCGCAGAGGGCCUGCCGGGAGUGCGGCAAGCUGUUCUCGUCGUGGCGAUCGCUGUUCGGCCACAUGAAGAGCCAUGCGCCCGGCGCCGCCAGGGAUCACGAUGAGUACGACGAGGCCGACGGCGACGUGGACCUGCUUGGAGAGGAGGAGUACUCCUUCGCCGCGGAGGCGGAGGCGGAGGCGGAGAAGGAGGAGGAGGAGGAGGAAGAGGAGAUGGAGCCGGCGCCGAUGGAACCGCUGGUGCCGGCGCCGGUGGCUGUGAUGGCCGCGCCGCCAAGGCGGAGGCGCAGGUCCAUGCGCGUGGCGGCGCCGGCCCCCGCGCCGCCGCCGCCGAUGCUGAGCGCGUUCGAGAAGGAGCAGGAGGACGUCGCGCUCUGCCUCCUGAUGCUCUCGCGCGACACCACCGGUGGCAUGCGGGGUUCGCCGGCGCCGAAGCAGGCGCACCUCCCGAGGAACGGCUACGGCUACAACUCCGACGACGACUCGGCUCUGUUCCAGUACGGCGACGCCAAGACCAAGAGCGUGGCCAAGAGCAAGAAGCGAAGGACCAGCCAUUACGCGCUCAACUCCGCCUCGCCGAAGCAGCGGGGCGAGGCGGCGCCGCCGCCGGCGAAGCGCACCCGCUACGAGUGCCCGGGGUGCGGCAGGGUGUUCAGCUCCUACCAGGCGCUGGGCGGGCACCGCGCGAGCCACAAGCGGAUCAACACCAGCUGCAGCGCCCCCAAGGCCGCGCCCGCCGCCGCCCCCGCGCCGGAGCCGAGCGUGGACACCUACACCUCGUUCGGCACCCUGUCCCCGUCGGCCUCGCCGGACUCGGUGGCCAUCGGCAUUGGCGCCGGCAGCAGCAAGAAGCCAGCCGCCGGCGAGGCGGAGAAGUUCGAGUGCCCGGUCUGCUUCAGGGUGUUCGGGUCGGGGCAGGCGCUGGGCGGGCACAAGCGGUCCCACAUAAUCGCCGACGCCGCCUUCUCCUCGGACGGCGAGCUCUACGGCAGCGCGAGCGUGAGCGUGAACGAGGAGCAGGAGCAGGGGUACCCGGUGGCGGCGGCGGGGUCGCUGGACCUCAACUUCCCGCCGGCUCCGUCGGAGGAGGCCUGA